AUGCUAGGAGGCGAGACCACGCAGGCGUAUUGUGGUCUCUGGUUGGCAGAGAUCUGGUCUCUGGUCCGGAAGUGGAAGGAAUCGGGCCGGAAGAGAACUACAUUUCCCAGGAGGCGUCGCGCGCCGGGACGGGAGGGGGGACGGAAGCGUGCUGACGCACACGUAGGACGCAGGCGCGCGGGAUUUAAACAGCGGCGGUUGGCGCAAGCUGGAUUUGACCGUGAAGGUAGACGCCUCUGCUACUGCUGUGGUAUCCGCUGCUGCUCCGAAGCCUGCUCGGCUCCCGAAUUUCCUUCCUGCCACACUCGUCCUUCGCCCGACUGGCUCGCCAUGGACGCUACUCUGCUCGCCCGUUUGCUUCCUGGCCUCGCCAUCAAGAUCCAGCGAAGCAAUGGUCUGAUUCAUAGUGCCAAUGUCAUGACAGUAAAUCUGGAAAGGUCCUCUGUCUCCGUGGAAUGGGCAGAAGGUGGUUCUACCAAAGGCAAAGAGAUUGAUUUUGAGGAUGUGGCAGCCAUAAACCCAGAGCUUCUGCAACUCUCUCCUCUCCCUGUCCACCCAAAGGAUAGCCUGCCCCUCCAGGAAAAUGUCACUGUCCAGAAACAAAAGCGCCGAUCAACCCUCUCCAAAAUCCCUGCUCCCAAAGAAGCUUUACGUGGCCGUUCUACCAGGAUGUCUGCCAUAGCAGAGACUCAAAGACUCAUGGCCCAAGAGAAUGACAUGGAAGUAGACCCCUCUGCAGCUGCCAGCACCAGGAGUCAGUUCCCAGUUCCCAGUCUCCCUCGUGCUGCCCGUGCUGGCAUGACCGAGAUCCCACUGGCUGCUGUCGGUGAAGUCGUGGAAGAACAGACAUCUUCUAUCCGAAGCAACUCUUCUGCCAACCCAGCAAAUUCAGUUCGAAGGAAAUCAUGCAUUGUGAAGGAAAUGGAAAAAAUGAAGACAAAACGUGAAGAGAAGAGGGCUCAGAACUCAGAAAUGCGGAUCAAGCGGGCACAGGAAUAUGACACCAGCUUGCCAAACUGGGAAUUUGCAAGAAUGAUCAAGGAAUUCCGAGCUACUCUGGACUGUCAGAGACUCACCAUAACUGACCCUAUAGAAGAACAUAGGAUAUGUGUCUGUGUUAGGAAGCGCCCUCUUAAUAAGCAAGAACUGGCCAAGAAGGAGUUUGAUGUCAUCUCAGUUCCCAGCAAGUGCCUCCUCCUCGUGCAUGAGCCCAAGUUGAAAGUGGACCUGACCAAGUACCUGGAGAAUCAGGCAUUCCGAUUUGAUUUUGCCUUCGAUGAAACAGCAUCCAAUGAGGUUGUCUACAGGUUUACAGCCAGACCCUUGGUACAGACAAUCUUUGAAGGAGGAAAAGCAACCUGCUUCGCAUAUGGACAGACGGGCAGUGGCAAAACCCAUACGAUGGGCGGAGACUUCUCUGGAAAAAACCAGAAUGCAUCCAAGGGCAUCUAUGCAUUUGCCUCACGAGAUGUCUUCUUGCUGAAGAAUCAGCCCCGAUACAAAAACCUCGGCCUGGAAGUCUAUGUGACCUUCUUUGAGAUCUACAAUGGGAAGCUCUUUGACCUUCUGAACAAGAAGGCCAAGCUCCGGGUACUAGAGGACGGCAAGCAGCAAGUACAGGUGGUGGGACUACAGGAGCACCUGGUGAACUCAGCAGAUGAUGUCAUCAGGAUGAUUGAAACAGGCAGUGCCUGCAGGACCUCAGGGCAGACUUUCGCCAAUGCCAGCUCUUCCCGAUCCCAUGCCUGCUUCCAGAUCCUGCUCCGAGCCAAGGGGAAGCUGCAUGGCAAGUUCUCCUUGGUGGAUCUGGCCGGGAAUGAGAGAGGGGCUGACACAUCCAGUGCUGACCGGCAGACACGCAUGGAAGGGGCUGAGAUCAAUAAGAGCCUGCUGGCCUUGAAGGAGUGUAUUCGGGCUCUGGGACAGAAUAAGUCGCACACCCCAUUCCGGGAGAGUAAGCUGACACAGGUGCUCAGGGACUCCUUCAUUGGGGAAAACUCCCGAACCUGCAUGAUUGCCAUGAUCUCCCCAGGGAUGAGCUCCUGUGAAUAUACUCUGAACACCUUAAGAUAUGCAGACAGGGUCAAGGAACUGAGCCCUAACAGCAGUGGGAAUGGAGAAUUGCAGACCCAGAUGGAGACGGAGGGGGAAGAGCUGGAGCCCAGCUCAGACAAUGCCCUCCACCCUCAUGGUCUGUCCAAGGACGAAGAAGAACUCUCAUCCCAGAUGUCCAGCUUCCAGGAGGCCAUGACUCAGAUUGGGGAGCUCGAAGAGAAGGCCAUAGAGGAGCUCAAGGAGAUUGUUCAGAAGUGGUCUAACUGGAUCGAACUGCUAGAGACCACAGAGCAGCCAGACUAUGACCUGGAGACCUUUGUAAGCAAAGCUCAGCAUGCUGCUACCGAGGGCAUCAAGAACUUCAACAGCCUCCAAGAUGUCCUGCGGGCCCUGCGCCUGGCCAUGCAGCUGGAAGAGCAGGCCAGCCAGCAGAUAAGCAGCCACAAACGACCUCAGUAACAUGCC